GCUGCUGCUUCGGUCUUCUGCGCUGGCCUCUUUGCCGGAUCUGGGUGCGGCGCCUCCUCCGGUCCCCUGCUCCCCCCUGCUGAUGCGCCCGCCCUGUUGGGGCUUCCCCCUCCUCUGCGCGCAUUCAAGUCUCCGCGGCCGCGCCGGACGCCUUCAAUGCGGCCACCCGCCUCCGCUCCAUCAUCACCAUCCCCCCUCGCCCUUCCCGGCUCGUCAAUGCGGCGUCAGGAGGCGUCCUUGCGCCGCGGCCUGUCCCGUCCGCUCCUCGGGAGGGGGAGGGCUGGACUUUCGUGCAGCGGCAGCGCCACCCUUGACGGGACGUGCCUUCAAGCCGGGCGUCUGCCGUCCAGUCCCAUCCCGCACCGGGCGGCCUCGACGAGCAACGCCGAGCCAGUUUCAUCCGCUUCAAAAAGCGCACGGAGGGGCGCUGCUCUCGCUGUCUCGCCCCCAAACACCACCGCUCCUCUGCCUGUUGCGACCAUGUGCGCUGCCUCUCCUGCAACCUCUCGGGCCACAUCGAGCGCUGCUGCCCCCUGCGGCGUGCGUCAAAGCAGCGUCCGGCCUCCCCGCCUGCGGCCCCUCCGCUGUGCCGCUAUCCCGCCGCUUCGGGCGCGCGUUCCUGGGCUGAGGUUGUCGCCUCCCCGUCCGCUCCCCCUCCCCGCGCUGAGAUGGCUCGCGCUUCCGCCGGCAUCGGGGCGCCGGACGCCCGCCCCGAGGAGGACUCGUGCUUCAUCCCGUCCUCAUUUGACAUGGACCGCGACAUGCUUGAGUGGGAGCAGACGGCGGCCAUCGCUUGGGCCAUCAACGCGCCACGGCGGCUCGUCGCGCUGGACGUCGACCGCGCCAUCCGGAAGCAAUUCCGGCUCAGCCACGGGGACGUGGCUGUCACCCCGUACCACCUGGUGGAGUUCCUCGUCAAGUUCGAGCACAAGGCCCAGUGUGACGCGGCGCUUGCCGCGGGUCGCGUGCGUGCUGCCGGCGCCAUCGUCCACAUCAGGCCGUGGCGUCCUCUGGAGCGCGCGUUCGGGGCCGCCCUCAACUACCGAGUGCACCUGUGCUUGGAGAACGUCCCUGACUACGCGUGGACGCCGUACGUCGCCGAGCGCAUCAUCGGCCGGCGCUGUUCCCUGGAUCGCCUCGACGACCACUCCGCGCUCCGGACGAACUCUGAGACGCUCGACCUCUGGGCCUGGACUGCAGACCCAAACCUCAUCCCCAAGGUCAUCUGGCUAACAUUCACCACCCGUCCAUCCGGCGGCCUGAAGGUGUUCGCCAAUGUGGCGAGGCCGUCUGGUUGCAAGCGUGGCGCAACCUUCCGGGUGCUGGUCCACUUGGACAUGGUGGAGGACCACUCCAAUGCUACCCUGGACUGCUACACCUCUGACGGUCGCGCCGAGGUGUUCAGCCCUCCCAGGCUGCCGCUGGAGUGGCACAUGGAGUGCGUCGACGGUGUUCCGCCGCCUCUUGGCGCCACCCUUGCCCUCCCUGACGUGGGAGGCAGCUCGCGGGCUGCUGCACCGCGUCGCCGAGACCGGGGCACGGACGACCACCCCCGACAGAUGCCGCGGCGCCGGGACGACAGCGACGACUACGACGACGACUGGCGUGGCGGCGGCGGCCGGGACGGACGCGGCCGGGUGCCCCGCUCCAACGACUCGGCCUUGGACGGGCGCAGGGAGCGCACCCGCUCUCCUCGACGUCGUGACGUGGAUUCGGUGCGUCAUGGACGUCGCCGUGCGGGCUCCCCCGUGGGCGCUGCGUCUCCUGUCAUGGCGAUGGAGGUCGACCCGGUGGCAUGCGGCAAGCUGCACCUUCUGUCCGACUGCGGCGCUACUGCGGGGCCUCGCCUCCCGCUGGUGGACCAUGCCCGCCUACUUCGGUCCGAGCUGUCGGCGGCUAUCGACACCGCGCUCGCUCCGCUGCGCUCGGAAUUCUCUGCCAUGCGUCGGCGGCUGGCGGCCCGGCCAGCCCAUCCUUGCUGGCUGGCGCGGCUGUUGGCGUGGUGGAGGCGGGUUCGGCGGUGGCCGCCCUGCCUACGCUGUCGGCCUGCUUUGCGGGACUCGCCCUGUCCCCGGACGUGCGGAGCCUCGACACGCCGGGGGUUGAAGCCUGGUCCGCCCCUUAUUCGCCACCGACCGGUGAUGCUUCGCCUCUGGCCCGGCCUGUCGACGCUGGCCGCGCGAUGUGCGACGCUAGGGGUGACCCUGUCGGGCUUCUUGUCGCUGCGCCUCUCUCCGCCGCCCUCGUGAUCAGGCCUGAGCCGGUCGCUGUCCACUCGGUCAUUGCAGCUGGGAGUGGCCCGGCGGAGAUCCUCUCGUCGCCGCGUCCCCCCCCCCCCCCCCCCCCCCCCCCCCCCCCCCA